GGCAGGACUGGGGGGAGGGACAGGGCAAAGUGACGCCCUGGAGUCCUGCCACCAUCAAAGAUCAAGAAUUGGGCUUCAGGAGUCAUCGGACCCACCAGAAGGAUCAGCCCACAGGGGAGCUGUCCGCCAGGGGGGAAGCUAAGGAAGGACCUGCCUAUCCCAAAUCAGGAAUCUGGGAGUUUCCCCCACUGACACUCCAGGCAACCCAGCAAGGCCUCCAGCUCUUUGAGCUCAAGGGCCCCCCUCCCCUCGGGCCCUCCUCCCCAUAUCCAGCUCUUAGUCUCAGUCUCCAAUUUCUAGUCCUCUCAAGCCCAAGUACUCAGUCUCAGCGCCCUGCUGUCCAGCCUCAGUUCCCAGGUUCUGACCCACAAACACCACUACAACCACUAGUCCUGGGACAUUUGCCAAAAUCUCUAGGAGGGAGAUCAAUCCUUUGGGCUAUGCCCCCUGGCAUAGCAGUGUGAGCCCAGACCCCUGACCCCUGGGCUCUGAGGAUUCCCAGCCCCCCCUCAACCUCCUUUGUGUGAAGAACACCCCCUCCUCCCAGGUCGUGUGGUUGGGGGCCAAAGGGGAAGCCAGCCCCGGCUGUGCCCCCGGCCCCCACCACCUCCCUCCUCACCGGGAAGUACCCCUGGCCUUUGGGCCUCUCUCCCUGGCCCCCCUCGGCCCCUCCUCCUGGGCCGCCCUGAUGAAGGAGCCAGAUGCCAUCAAGCUGUUUGUGGGGCAGAUCCCAAGGCACCUGGAGGAGAAGGACCUGAAGCCAAUUUUCGAGCAGUUUGGCCGCAUCUUCGAGUUGACCGUCAUCAAGGACAAGUACACCGGGCUGCACAAGGGAUGUGCCUUCCUGACAUAUUGUGCCCGCGAUUCAGCCCUGAAGGCGCAGAGCGCCCUGCACGAGCAGAAGACGCUUCCAGGGAUGAACCGGCCUAUCCAGGUGAAACCAGCAGACAGCGAGAACAGAGGAGAAGACAGGAAGCUCUUUGUGGGGAUGCUAGGGAAGCAGCAGACGGAUGAGGACGUCAGAAAGAUGUUUGAACCGUUUGGGACCAUUGACGAGUGCACCGUGCUCCGGGGGCCUGAUGGGACCAGCAAAGGCUGUGCCUUUGUUAAAUUUCAGACCCAUGCAGAGGCCCAGGCUGCCAUCAACACUCUCCACAGCAGUCGGACCCUCCCGGGAGCCUCAUCCAGCCUUGUGGUAAAAUUUGCUGACACCGAGAAGGAACGAGGCCUUAGACGCAUGCAGCAGGUGGCCACCCAACUGGGCAUGUUCAGCCCCAUCGCCCUCCAGUUUGGAGCCUAUAGCGCCUACACCCAAGCCCUGAUGCAGCAGCAGGCAGCCCUGGUAGCAGCUCACAGUGCCUACCUCAACCCCAUGGCCACCAUGGCGGCCGUACAGAUGCAGCACAUGGCUGCCAUCAACGCCAACGGGCUGAUUGCCACGCCCAUCACCCCCUCCUCAGGAACCAGCACCCCUCCUGCCAUCGCUGCCACGCCUGUCUCUGCCAUCCCUGCCGCACUGGGUGUCAACGGCUACAGCCCUGUGCCCACGCAGCCUGCCGGGCAGCCGGCCCCCGACACCCUUUAUCCCAACGGAGUCCACCCUUAUCCAGCCCAGAGCCCAGCGGCCCCCGUGGACCCCCUCCAGCAGGCCUACGCAGGAAUGCAGCACUACACAGCAGCCUACCCAGCAGCCUACAGCCUGGUCACGCCCGCCUUCCCUCAGCCUCCAGCCCUGGUCGCCCAGCAGCCCCCUCCACCCCCCCAGCAACAGCAGCAGCAGCAGCAGCGAGAAGGCCCUGAUGGCUGCAACAUCUUCAUCUAUCACCUGCCCCAGGAGUUCACUGACUCUGAGAUCCUACAGAUGUUUGUUCCCUUUGGCCAUGUCAUAUCUGCCAAGGUCUUUGUCGACCGGGCCACUAAUCAGAGUAAAUGUUUUGGCUUUGUGAGUUUCGACAAUCCGGCCAGCGCGCAGGCGGCUAUUCAGGCCAUGAAUGGCUUCCAGAUCGGCAUGAAGCGUCUCAAAGUCCAGCUCAAGCGGCCCAAGGAUGCCAACCGACCCUACUGAGGGGCAGCAGGUCUGGAGAUGCCAGAGGAAGGGGACGUCUCCCCAGUCCCCUCCUCCCCCACUGACCACCCCAGCCCUCUGCACAUCCGCUGGGCCCUCUGGGGAAGCAGGAAGCCUCCACUUGCCCUCGGCCCCCUUAAAGCCACCUUUCUUCUCCCCUGAUCGACGCCCACCGACGUCUCAAGGCCCUGCAGGCCACUUGGGCCUGCCUCGUCCCCAGGUACCUGUUUGACCUCACAAAGGCUGCCGAGUGGGAACAGAGGGGCGCAGCUCCCAGGGUUCGAGGGCACCUCCUUUCCUACUGUGCCCGGCACGUCCAGUGCCCAGCCUUCUCCCCCACCUUCCCUGUCAAGGGACUCCUUCCUGUCUCUUGGAACUGUGCAGACCCCAGGAGGGGAACAAGGGACUCGGGUCCCCCUUCCUAGUCUCACCUCUACUCUGGGGGUCCCCCACAGCUCUCCCCCCUUCACUCCUCUACCCCAAGUAGAGAUAGGACAUUCCUGUACCUGGGCCAUCAGGCCCUAAAGCUCACUGCCUCCCCAAGUCCCCCUCUGGGGCAGUAAAGGGUGAGCCCCAGGGGCUGCCCGUCUCCUGUUUAGCCACAGAGACCCGUCCCCAAGAGAAACGACCCUCCUCCCCCCAAAUAAUGUUUACAGUCUCUGCGGAUCCCUUUCCUGUAAAUACCACAUUGGUGCGGUAGCCAGCCAGGCCCGGACGCUGCCAUCUCUCUUUCUGGGAGUUUAGACAAUGUUCCCCGUGGAUUUUUUUCUUUCUUAAUUUUUUCUCUUUGGUUUGAAGGUUAGGGGUGGGAAGGGGUUGGGGUAGGGAAAGGGGAGGGCUGGAGGGUUUAUUACCUGGUCAUUUUCUUUAGGAAAAGAUUUUAGGGGAAGGGAUAGGGGUGGAUUGGGGAGGGAAGGGGAAGGGGAGCCUGGGGAGUCUAAAUUUCAAACCGUUCUCGAUACUUAUUUAUUUAUUGCGUUUUACUUUUAAUAAGUUGAUUUUUUUCUGUCUAAAUAAAGAAAAAACUUUAAACGUGUCAAAAAA